AUGUGGAUAGUUGUAUUAUUUGAUGCUGACAGCACAUUAGCUGCUGUGCCUGCCUUUUGGUACAGAGAUGGUCUCUGUGCAUGGCCAAAUACCAAAAUCAGUAAAAACAUACAAAAAAGAUCUAAACCAAAUGAGAUAGAUUUCUCCAAUUUUAAGGCAAAAAUAAUAUAUGAGCAUGUUGGUUAUUAUUUAGAAGCUCGUAACUUGGCUCAAGAAAAUUCAGAGGCAUCAUCAUGUGAUAAUUUAUAUGAAGAUAUGCGCUUAAAAAAAAAGAAAACCCCAAGGUUUGUUUCAUCUAAAGAUCAAACAAGUCUUCCUUCUCCGCCAAUAAUCGAAUCCGAAAAUUCUGAGUGUGAUGAUUCAGAUGUUGAUAAGGAUUAUAAUCCUUUUCCAAAUAGUUCUUUUGAUCAUACAAAAAAUAUCAAUCAUAUCUUACCAAGUUCACAGAAUAUUAAUUACAAUAUAGAAAAUUCAACCAAACAAGAUAAAAAAAAAACUUCAUCUAGUCAAGGAUCAAAUUUUGAAAUAUCAGAUUCAUCAAAAAACAAAAAAUUGAAAGUCCUUCACAAUACUGCAUCAUUAGCGUCAUCCUCUUCACAGCAUCAAAUUACACCAACAUAUGUCAACCACUCACCUGAAUCAUUUAUAAAUAUAACUACACCACCAAUAUCAUACCAGUUACAGCAUCAAUCUACACCACAAAAUAAUAAUUUUGAAUACAAUAAUGACCAAGGAUUCAAAAAGUUUAUAUCCAGAUCUAUAACCAACAUGAAAUAUGAAAUUGAAUCUGUAAACAAACGUCUUGAUUCUUUUUACUCAUUAUUGGAAACAAUUAAUGACAAAUUGAAUAGCAAUGCUACAUUUUCCAUAUUAGAUAAUAAUGUAUUUGAUAAAUAUCAAGAUGAUAUAAUAUGCAUUGACAACAAUGAUGAUCUUGAAAAUAUGGAAGAUAAACUUACCAAUGACAAACAAUAUAAAGCUCAUGUGAUUGUUCUAUUUACACGGUUGAUGGGAGACAGUUUAUCAGAGACGGUGAGAAAAAUUAUGCAAAAAUUAUUUACAGAUAAUUUUUUGGCACACUACUCCUUUAUAGGCUUUAAAGGCAAACUAACAUUUUCAAAUCUUCAACAUUGUGCAGUUAUAAUAGUGUCCAUGAAUCAUUUGGGUCUUCAACUAACUUUAAAUCAUCACUAG